AUGAAGGAUAACAAUCAAGUAAAAGGAAAAAGUGUUAGUGGUGAUAUUAAGAAAAUUGAAGAUAAAAAAGAGAAAAAAGUUAAUGAAAAACAACAAUGUGAUUCAGGAAAUGAGAGCAAUUCUGCAACUCCUUCACAUGAACAUGGAGAAGAAUGUAUCAAUGGUUGUGAAAAUGAUAAGUUGGUACAAGUAAAAAUAGUUUUACCAAAUAAUACUUCUUUUGAAGCCACACUUUCUACUAAAGAACCAUCAUUAGAAUUAUUUCAAGUUAUUUCAGAAAGAGAAGAUUGUUGUUAUAGAACUUGUUAUCAAUUAGUUGCUAAAGGAGUUAGAUUGGAUACAUUUACUGAGCUUGAAAAAUUAGUUAAUUUGGAAGACGGUGAUGUUAUUGAAUUUAUACAAACCGAUUAUUCUACUCGUGAAGCUCGUGAUCAUGUUAGACGAAUGUGUGAUGUUUUAAGCAUUAAUGAUAUUAGUACUUAUGUUCUUAACAAAAAUGGUGCAUCUUUUAACUAUAUGGGAAAUAUGAAGACAAAUGUUGAACCUGAUUCAAAGGAGGGAAAAAUGUUAGCAACACCAUAUGAUUAUAUUUUACCAGGUGUCAAAGAUAUUAAUUAUGCCAAUUUAAUACCUGAUAUGACAAAAAAACAAAUAAAAGCAUUCAAUUACGUUGGAAUAUCACCAUUUAAUCCACCAACACCACAAAGAAAACUGAAAGGUGAUGUUCUUUAUAUUUGUGUUGAGACAUUAGAGGGAAAAUGUUAUAAUAUUACAUGUUCUUACAAAGGUUGGUUUAUCAAUUCAACAUCAGGUUACAAAUUUAAUUCUGAACAAUCACAACAACAUCCAUCAAUAUUUCAUGAAUUACCUGAUCUCUUAAUGACUGUCUCACUUGGUUUCAAGAAAUUAUGGCCUAAAGCUUUAAAAGCUAGAAGUGAUAUGCAUGUUUUUGAAAAAUUAGAAGCUACUUUCCCUUCUUUUAACUGGGUUGUUCCAUCUUUUGAAACUACACAAGAUUAUUUUCGUUCAGAAGAUGAGACACAAAUACAAAAAACUGGUUUUGAAGAUUUAUUUCCUGGUGGUGUAAGAGAUUGGAAUGAAGAAUUAUGUAAUGGUAAAGAUAUGCCAAAAAAAGAUUUUAGAGAACGACUUGAUAAAGAUAGAUUAUUUUAUAAAAGUUAUUCUGAUUUUGUAAAAGUUGCUGUUAAAGGUGCCAUGGCUAUUAUUGAUGGUAAUGUACCAUCUUUAAAUAUGUCUGAUGACUUUAAAACACAAAUGUUUUUAUACAAUUCUAUUUUCUUUUCACUUGGUUAUGAUUCAAAAGAUCAUUAUGCAAUAUUUGGUGGUAAUGAUGCUGCUCAUACAAUUUCUAAUAAUGAUUUAAAGGGUGCUAAAGCAUUUCAUGCUAUUGAUAAAGAUGGUCUUUAUAAUUUAGGUCUUUGUCUUGUUGACUAUAAAGGUUAUCGUAUUGUUUGCCAAUCUAUUGUACCUGGAAUUCUUGAAAGAGGACAAGAUGAUGAUGUUAAUUAUGGUUCUGUUGAUUUUGGAAAAACUGUUCAUUGUGAUGAAGCUUUUAGAAAACCUUUAGAAGAAAUUGCUAAAGAUAUGAAUAGUAUGCCUCAUACAGUUGUAACAAUAAAUUCUAAUGGUGAAGAGGUUAAAACAAAAGUAUUUACUUCUAUAGAAACUAAAGGACUUAUAAGUAAAGAUGGUAGAAAUUAUGUAUUAGAUUUAUUUAAAACAUUUCCACCAGAUGUUAAUUAUAUAGAAGAAGCUAAAGUUACAGAAUUGUGUAAAAAAAAUGGUUUUCCUAAAUAUUGUAAACAUAAAAUACCAUGUUUAAGACCAGAAUUUAUUGAAGCAUUUAUAAAUUCAAGAACAGAAGAAUUUUUUUCAUUAUUGGGUAGUGCUAUAAAAGAAAAUGAAGUAUUAAAAAAUUCAAAAAUGGCAUUUGCAACAAUUCUUGAAAAAUUAUGUCAAGAUGAAGAAUUAGAAAAUGAGGAACAAACAACUGAAGGUAGAAAAAUUUUUAAAGAAUUACUCAAAAAAAUAGGAUCUUAUAGUGAUACAUCAAUAGAUAUUAGAUUUAAUAACGAUUGUUAUUAUCCAGGUCUCAAAUUUGGUGAAGAAGAUGACAUAGAAAGUCAUAAAGAUUUAUUAGCUGAUGCCAGUGAAUAUUUAGCUUUUAAAAUUAUUCCAACUUUUGUACAAGAACUUUUAGAUACCAAUCCUGCUACAACACCACUUGAUGGAUAUGCAUUAAAUUAUAAUAUGCAUGCUAAAGGUAUUAAUAUGAGAUAUCUUGGUUAUAUUGCAAUGUUAACAGAAGCAGUUGAUAAAGAACGUUUUACAUAUGAUCUUAUUGUUAGUGAAAUUUUAGUACGUUCAAUUAAACAUAUAUUUCGUAAUUAUGCUACUGAAUUAUCAAGACCUUAUACAGGUAAUGCUAUUGUUCAUUUCUUAAAUUGUCUUUUUGGAAAUGUUGAAUAUGAUAAUAAAAAAAGUUUAAAAACUAAAAAAGGAAAAAAAAGAAGUAAUAGUAGUGAUAAUAAUGAUUCACAAGGAUGGAAAGAAUUAACAACAUCUGAUGUUUGGAAAAGUAUUGCUGAUGAUUCUAAGAAAUCUUUUGAUUAUUCAAUAAUAUAUAAAAAUUUUGAUGAAUUAUGUAAGCAUAUGUCAAUUAAAAAAAAUGUUAUUUUAAGAAGAUUUGCUAAAAUGGUUGGUUUACAAUUUGUAGCAAAAACUAUUAAACUUGAUGGUAAAAAAUUACCAUUUAAUGAAGAUGAUUUAUAUAAUAUGGUACCAGUAAUAAAACAUCUUGAACCACAUGCUAAAGAUGCUUAUCAAUUUCAAAGAAUGGGAGAAAAACUUGUUAUUGAAGGUAGAAUUGAGGAAGCCCAAUCAUACAUAACAGAAUCUCUUCAAUAUAUGAAUUAUGUUUAUUCUGGUCUUCACUUAGAUAUGUCUGCUUCAUUGAAAAUAAUAGCAAAAUUAGAUUAUAUAACAGGUAAUCCAACUUCAGCAUAUGUUAAUCUUCAAAAAAGUAUGACUAUUACCGAACGUGUACGUGGAUUGGAUUAUUUAUUCCUUAUUCAUGAUUACAUUACUCUUUCAUUGUACGCUUUUGCAUCUAAAGAUAUUGGUGCUUCUUUGCAAUAUUUAUAUCGUUCGAGAUAUCUAACAAAUGUUAUCUUUGGUGAUGAACAUCCUAUUUUAAGUACAAUUGAUGGUUCACUUUCAAUAAUUUUAUAUUUUAAUUUUGAUUAUGAUAAUUCUGGUAAAUUUUUUGAAAGUUAUAUGGAUAUUAUUGAAAAAAAUAAAUUGAAAAAAAAUGGUAUAGAAAAAAAAGGAAUAUCUGAAAUAGAUAUUAAAACUGCUUUAAUAUGUAGAUUAGCUGCUUCUAGUUAUGCUAUUCGUGGUCUCUUCCGUGAAGCUAUUAAAAUUGAAAAGAUUGUUUAUCAAAUUUAUUCAUCAUUCUUUGGUAAAGAUCAUAAUAAAGUUCUUGAAAGUGGUCAAAUUUUAAAAGAUUAUACUGAGAAAGCAGUUAAUCUUCAAAGAAAACUUAAUGAUGCUCAUGGAAAUGGAGUUGAUAUUAAGAUAGGCGACAUUAUAUCACACGAUAUUGGUGAAGUUACACAUGAAAAAAUGGUUGGUUUCCUUAAUAUUGUAAAUGGAGUUUAUUUUAUAACUCAAGAUGAAAUUAAUACAGUUGUUGUAUCUGAAUAG